ACGUUUUAUUGCACUACCGAAACUACCGUCAGCCAAAGAAACGGCAGAAGUCAUGAUGACUCAAGUUUUUCGAGUCCACGGAUUCCCAAAAGACAUUGUUUCGGACCGGGGGCCCCAGUUCGUAUCCAAAUUCUGGUUAAGAAUUCUGCAGCCUAAUUGGAGCCACAGCCAGUCUGACAUCAGGAUACCAUCCAGAAGCAAAUGGCCAGACCGAACGCCUCAACCAACAGUUGGAAACCGGCCUCCGAUGGGUGGUACACAAGAAUCCCUCAACAUGGAGCAAACACCUGACAACGAGAAGGAAGCCUCGGUACCCUCAGCAUAUGCCAUGGUUCAACGUUGUCGAAGCAUCUGGGCAGCCGCCAGACAGGUUCUUAUCCGGCAGGGAGAUGGGGUGAAAAGGAACGCAGAUCGGAGAAGACGUCCAGCUCCUAACUAUCAUCCAGGACAAAGGGUAUGGCUAUCAGCAAAAGAUCUCAACCUCAAGGUGGCGUCCAAGAAACUGGCUCCACGCUUAGUAGGUCCUUUCCCAGUCACCAGGAAUAUUGGACCAGCAGCGGUUCGUCUACGUCUGCCUCAGUCCCUACGAGUACAUCCCACAUUUCACAUCAGUCAAGUCAAGCCGUCUGACAGUAUACUUUGGCCAGCUAUGGACUCAGCAGAAGCAGAGCGACUCUCGGAGGUGCUGCGGACCCAGGAAGCUCGCUUAAACUGCCAGGAGGAGUUCCAGACCGCCAUGGCUGCCAACAUGGGGCAACUCUCCUCCCAGAUCCAGGAGCUGCUGGGACAACUCUGUCGCCAAAGCCCCGCCACUCUGACUCCGCCUUCUCCAGCCAUCCCGGAAGUACCAGCGUCCUCUGGAGGAGCCUCCUGCAAACUGGCGCCUCCAACUAAGUACGCCGGGCGUGCCAAAGCUUGGGCUUUGGCCGAAUGGAGCCGAAAUUCCACAGUAUGCGAGACAAUUGUCGGAUUCCAGACGGCGCUAACAAGGACUUUCGACCCCUUGUGUUCCAGCAGAGAGAAGGCUCCGGAACUCAGCACCCUGAGACAAGGUAAAGACUCGGUUUGCGAUUAUGCUAUUCAUUUUCACACGCUGGCUGCUGAGAGUGGAUGGAACAAUGCCGCUCUCUACGAUACCUUUUUGAAAGGUUUGUCGGCGGAGAUUCAAGAUCUGUUGGUUCCGUUGGAUUUACCCACCAGUCUGGAUGCACUCAUCGCCCUCGCUAUUCGCACGGAUAAUCGUCGCACACAACUUCGAAGAUACCGCGAAGAGAGACAAAGCGGCCGAGAUCAACAUACAGCUCCACGGGAAUCAAGAUGGCCGACUCCGCACCGAGUGUUUCCAGAAAAACCCCAUCUCCGCCCCGACGAAGAACCCAUGCAGCUAGGAAGAGCUCGAUUGUCCCCGGAGGAACGCCUGAAAAGACGCCAGGAGGGAAGGUGCUUCUAUUGCAGAGAAGCCGGUCACCUCGUCAACUCAUGCCCAUCCAAACGGACCCAGGGGACCCAGAAUAUCCGGACCUGACCUCCGUCCCGAGCUGUUACCACCAUCUCGAAGAAGUUUUUAAUAAAGCCAAAGCCUUGUCUCUACCUCCUCACCGUCCUUAUGACUGCGCCAUUGACUUGAUUCCUGGCUCUACGAUUCCCAAGGGGCGAC